UUGAUGAAUGAAGCCAGGCGAUUUAGUCAUUCUGGUGACAUGGUGAAAGCAUACUGCUCUCACAGCAUAGACAUUACAUCUUGUAGGCGCUGUUACGAAUGACAAAUGUUAGCUUUCAUAUGUGGCUCAUUCUGGUUCCCAAACGGAACCAUAGCGAACUAGCUUGUAAACCUGAAACACAGCGAACAGUUCCCACGUGGGAAGCCCAUGUUGAGAAGUUUGUCACGUCCAUUUCUCAACUGUAAGUCCUGUCCACAAUUUGGUGCGCGGAUAGCAAGGAGCAGUUACGAAAUAUUUGUUAGUUUCUGCACCAGCCCAGUCAUGGCGAAGAGCAAGUUCGAGUACGUCCGCAACUUCGAGACCGACGACACAUGUCUCCGGAACUGCUAUAUCGUCGUGCGCUUAGAUGGACGCAACUUCCACAAGUUUGCUGACCAGCACAACUUUGCAAAGCCUAAUGAUGACCGGGCCCUGGACUUAAUGACACAGAGCGCUCGCUCGGUGAUGGAGGAGCUGGAGGACAUCGUUAUUGCAUACGGACAGAGUGAUGAGUACAGCUUCGUUUUCAAGAGGUCCUCCAACUGGUUUAAGAGGCGAGCCAGUAAGCUGAUGACACAUGUGGCCUCCCAGUUCUCCUCCAGUUACGUUUUCUAUUGGCGGGAUUAUUUUGGGGAGCAGCCACUGCUCUACCCUCCAGGGUUUGACGGCAGAGUGGUCUUGUAUCCCAGCAACCGCAACCUGAGGGACUACCUGAGCUGGAGACAAGCGGACUGUCAUAUUAAUAACUUGUACAACACGGUGUUCUGGAGUUUGGUGCUAAAGGGCGGUCUCUCCACUACCCAGGCAGAAGACAGAUUAAAGGGCACUAUAGCAGGUGAUAAAAAUGAGAUCUUGUUUUCGGAGUUCAACAUAAACUACAAUAAUGAGCCCCCCCGCCACAGAAAAGGUACAGCACUCAUUUGGGAAAAGGUAGAAGAAACCACCACCAAACAGAUCAAACUGCCAGCUGAAGAGAAAGAGGUGACGGUGACAAGGAGUCGAAAGAGAGUGACCGCACAUCACUGUGACAUUAUCGGGGACCAGUUCUGGAAGGAACACCCAGAGAUACUAGAGGAUGACAGCUAGGCAAUCACAGCUGACAAAGCACCCGCAGCAGCACAAACACAGUGUUGAGCUGGCUAAUAGCAGCCCUGAUCUGCACAGGGCCCAGAGUGGGUGGAGAUGUUUUGCAGUGAUUCCCAAAGGACAAAUAGCUCUCAUCAAGGAUUUUGGACUGGUUGCAGUUUUACACCUUGCAGAGUCAGCUGUAGGAGGGGUUGCGCAAAGAAACUUUUCAUGUUUUCAUAUGAUUAUGGAAACUCUAUUCCCUUGUUAC